AUGGCCCCCUUCCUGCAGUACCCAGAAGCCUGCUGGUGCCCACCACAGGGAGAAGAGGUAGAGCUGUGUGAAUGGACACCAGCCCCCUGCCCACCAGCCUGCCUGUCCUCGCCAGGGACACACUGACUCCUUCCUUUUCCAGCCUGGAAAGCCCCUUCCUAGGGCAGCAGGAAGGGAAUGAACAAUGCUGGGUGCAGCUCCACCCGGAGGCUUCGGGCCUGGGGGGGCCUGGUGGGGGCUGUCAUACUCACAGCCCUCUGGCUUCUUUGGCUUCUGGGAUCAGAUCCUGGGGGUGUCCUGGAGCCCCAGCCAGUAGUUACCAUCCUCAUCUGGCACUGGCCUUUCACCGACCGGCCCCCAGAGCUUCCUGGAGACACCUGCAUCCACUAUGGCAUGGCCCAAUGCCGCCUGAGCGCCAACCGCAGCCUGCUGGCUAGUGCAGACGCUGUCGUUUUCCACCACCGAGAGCUGGAGACCCAGAAGUUCCACCUACCCCUGGCCCAGCGGCCCCCGGGACAGCCGUGGAUCUGGGCCUCCAUGGAGUCUCCCAGCAAUAGCCACGGUCUCCGCCACCUUCGAGGCAUCUUCAACUGGGUCUUGAGCUAUCGGCGUGACUCGGACAUCUUCGUGCCCUAUGGCCGCUUAGAGCCCCGCUCGGGGCCCACGCCCCCGCUGCCAGCCAAGAGGAGGAUGGCCGCCUGGGUGGUCAGCAAUUUCCAGGAGCGGCAGCAGCGUGCGAAGCUGUACCGGCAGUUGGCACCUCACCUGCGGGUGGAUGUGUUCGGUCGUGCCAGUAGGAGGCCCCUGUGUGCCAACUGUCUGUUACCCACCAUAGCCCAGUACCGCUUCUACCUGUCCUUCGAGAAUUCACAGCACCGAGACUAUAUCACUGAGAAGUUCUGGCGCAAUGCACUGGCAGCAGGUGCCGUGCCUGUGGUGCUGGGACCCCCUCGGGCCACCUACGAGGCUUUUGUGCCACCAGAUGCGUUUGUGCACGUGGAUGACUUCAGCUCUGCUCGGGAGCUGGCUGCCUUCCUUGUCAGUAUGAACGAGAGCCGCUACCUUCGCUUCUUUGCCUGGCGUGACCGGCUCAGUGUGAGAUUGAUGCAUGACUGGAGGGAACGCUUCUGCGCCAUCUGCGCCCACUACCCACACCUGCCCCGAAGCCAGGUUUACGAGGAUCUUGAAGGCUGGUUUCAGGCCUGA